CCUCCCAUUCAAAAGAUGCCGAAGGGGCGGCGCGGCCGCCAGAGCCCCACGAUGAGCCAGCGGCCAGCCCCGCCCCUCUACUUCCCCUCCCUCUACGACCGAGGCAUCUCGUCCUCCCCGCUCAGCGACUUCAACAUCUGGAGGAAGCUCUUUGUGCCGCUGAAGGCGGGCGGGGCGGCAGGGGGCCGGUCCCUGCCCCAGGCGUCCCCCGCCCCGAUGCCCCCGCCCCCGCCGCCCCCGCCCGGCCUGGGUCCCCCCAGCGAGCGCCCCUGUCCCCCGCCCUGGCCUUCCGGCCUGGCCCACAUCCCAUAUGAGCCUCUGCGCUUCUUCUACUCGCCGCCGCCGGGGCCCGAGGUGGCUGCCUCGCCCCUAGCCCCUGGCCCCACGACCUCCCGGCUCUCCGCUGCCUCCCACCCCGAGGAAUUGUGCGAGCUGGAGAUCCGGAUUAAGGAGCUGGAGCUGCUCACCAUCACUGGGGAUGGCUUCGACUCCCAGCGCUAUAAAUUCUUGAAGGCGCUGAAAGAUGAAAAGUUGCAAGGACUGAAGACCAGGCAGCCUGGCAAGAAGUCAGCCUCUCUCUCCUGAGGAGCUGCCCACCGGCGCCUGGGUAGCCACCUCCUUAGGUGUUAGUGCUUAGAUAAUGUGUCCUGUUUGUUGUCAUUUCAAAAAUUGUUAUUUUCUGUUCUGCAUUUACUGCUGUUCUUGUUGCUUCCAGCAAGUAU